GAUGUCAUGUAUAGAAGAAUUGUAGGCAAAAAACAAUAUCAUAAAUGAUAUGAUCCUAAACAUCCAAGCCUGUUUUGUAUAAUGGCAGAGUAGAUAAAGUAUUUAGUUGAAAAAAUGACUUAGUUUGCACUAUUUCUUACUGGAAAGAUGAUGAAACAUAUAUGGAAGCUGUUGACCAUUGCAUGAAAAAGAUCCAGCUUGUUGCAGAUGUUAUUUCAGAAGAGUUACAAUUUUAUUAAUUUUAUAUUAUAUUAAUAAAACACUGUGAAAGUACAAGUUUGAAAUUUAAGCUAAAAAAGUACUACAAAUGAAUUGCUGAAAAAUACUACCAGUGUUGUGAAUAGCUAAACGAAAUUUAUUAUUGUAAUCAUUCAUUAAAAGCCAAGACAAAACUAUAUGAGAUAAAAAAUAAACAGACCAUUAUUAUUUCUUUUUAAUAACAUUUUAUUUGUUUUUUAGUUUGAAACAGCCAAAGCGCUAUUUGAAAGAUUUAAAAAUUAUUAAAGGUUGGUUAAUAAAAUGGAUAUCAAAGCUGUAGAACAUUGCAUGAAAAAGUUUCAGCUUGUUGCAGAUAUUGUUUCCAGAGAGUUGACUAGAUAUUAUUUUGUUAAAACACUGCAAAUAUAUAAAUUUGAAAUUUAUAGAUUAAAAAACUGCUGUGACUUGUUGAAAAAAAAAAAGUACUGCUAGUGUUGUGACUUGCUAAACAAAAGUACUGCAAGUGUUGUAACUUGCUAUGUAUUUUUGAUAGGCGACUCUGGCUUACCUUCACGUGGUGUCUGUUGUUAAAAAUGGUUAUAAAAUAAUUUCAUUAGUAUAAUUUAUCAUUGUAAUCAUUCACUAAAAGCCAAGAAAACUUUAUGAAAUAAAGCAUCAUUAAAAUAAUCAAACAUUAUUUAGUGUUAAUAACAUUUUUUUUGGUUUUUAGUUUGAAACAGCCUAACUUUUUGUUUACCAAACUAGUAUCAAGCACCAAAUGAAAGAUUUGAAGAUUUAUAAAGUAGGUAAAACUUUAAUUUUACACAAUGUCUCAGCAUUCAGAAAAAGAGUGUAUUGACGCUAGCACAACAAAUAUUGGUCUUUGCACAUCUCCUUUAAAUAAAUUUGUAUGGAAUAUGGCUAACACAAGAGUAUUAUUAGAUUUAUGGAAAGAUAAUUACAAAGCAUUAACAUCUGCAGAAGAAACACAAAUAUUUACAAACAAAUGGCAGCUGAAUUUUCAAACACAUUUAAUAUCGUACCUCCGUUAACUGAAUAUCAAAUUCAAUCUAAAAUUAGUAAUUUGAGGAAACAAUUUAGACGAGAAAAACUUCAAGUUGGUUCAUCGGGAGGAGCUCCUAGUAAAUGGUGGCCUUACGAUAUUGUUGCCAAAAUAAUAGGUGGUGAAGCUUCCCUUGACAAUGACCUUUUAUCUCAAAGUCAAAACUUUUCUACUCAAGAUUUUCAAGAUGGUCAGAUUGCCACAAUGGAAGAUGGCAAGGGGACUGUCAGUAUUUUAAACAUUGAAGCUUUGGAUGAUACAAGUGAUGUGCAAUCAAUUGUCACUAUUCCUGAUGAGGAACCAACUCAAUCUUCAUCCGGCUGCAAUAAACGAAGGAACUCUGAUGAUGAAAAAACUUUGAAUAAAAUAGCAAAAACUGAACAGGGAGACAUCUGUAAAGAUAAAAGCUAUUGGAAAAACAUGGAAAGCGUUUUGGCCGUACUUCGAUCAAGAAGUAGAACAUUAAUCAAUGAUGAAUCAAUCACCCACCCAUUUUCAUAUUUAGAUUUAGCUUCUUUUAAGUUUUAUCAACAAGGGUAUCUGAUUGAAAGAAAAGUUUGGGUUAGGCCGAAAAGUUCUCAAUGUGAUAGUUGUGGUAGUUUUGCCUAAAUGUGGAUGUAAUUCAUUAACUAGGAAAUUAAAU